GCUGUGGUUCGCCUCGCCAAUAGUCAGUCAGAUCACAAUCUCACCCACAAGGCUGUCCAAUCGUGAUCUCCCGAGUUCUGCGACAUACGUAAGAGGAAGAAUUUAUAGCCUUCUGACUGCAGCAAGCACGAAGUGAGUUCUGGGCUCAAGGUUCGUAUUCGCCACUGGGAGAGGCUCUGAUGAAACUACUAUGCCUUGAAGCAAAGCCCUCUGCCUGACGUUCACAUCUCACACCGUCUGCACCAUGCCCUAUUCCGCGUGUAGAUUGCUCUUGGUCCUACUCGCAGGGCUUCUCGCUCUUGCAACAGCCCAAAAUGACCCAAUAAAAAACUUUUGCAGACGCCAUGGACACCAGACGUGCGUCAUCGACUCCAAGCUCUACAUCGAUGGAGGGUUUGUCUAUUACGGCACAAGCGUGACUCCCAACAGUCAACCAGAGAGCAACAAACGGCUCCUUUGGGCCGACCUCAAUGAUCUCGGCCUUGGAGUGCCCGCCCAACACAGCAACCUCACAAAGAGCCUGGAAGUGCCCAGCGUUCAUGGCGGCGUACUGUGGCCCGAUACAGUCAACAAGCACUUCUAUCUCUUCGGCGGCAUCUUCAACGAAGGCAAGGUAGAAGCCUUCCACAACCUGUGGUCGUUCGAUACGGUCUACAACAACUGGACCGAGAUCACGCCCGACGGCUCGCAACUAGACAUCCUAUGGCCGUCUCUGGGAGCAUCGGAUGUUACCGACGAGGGCGUCGCGUACUACUACGGCGGCUACGCGGGUAAUGAUUCUGUGGCGGGGUGGGCGGGUGACACCAUCAUGUUGAACGGCUUGGUUCAGUACGAUAUGAAUAAGAAUACGUGGGAUAACCGGUCGUAUGACAGCACGCCACGAGCUGAGGGGAAUAUGCACUAUAUACCAGCGUCCCAGAGAGGAAUGUUGGUCUACUUUGGUGGGCUGGAACAGAAGACAGCUGGUAAUACAAGCUAUGCGUCGAUGAGUGACAUACACGUCUUCGACAUUGCGAAUAGUAGAUGGUUUACUCAGACCGCAGAUGGCGAGAUGCCUCAGGCAAGACGCGGGUUCUGCUCAGGUGUUGCUUGGGCCGAGGACUACUCUUCCUACAAUUUCUACAUCUAUGGCGGAAUAAGCCCGAAUGAGACAGCACUCGGUGAUCUCUGGAUACUAUCGCUGCCGUCUUUCAAAUGGAUACCUUGGUACCCUACAGUCAAACAAGAAUACUUCCCUGGUGGGAAGGCCUGGUCAUCCUGUAACGUCAUGCAGAACUCCAAGAUGAUUGUCAUGGGCGGAAAAGUCGUCAACCCAGAAAGAGAUGCCUGUGACGCGCCCACGGCAUGGGGACAGCAUGGUGUGUUGCUUGGACAGGAGAGUGUUGAAAAGGAAACCAUGUGGUAUGGGCUGGGAGUUGAUGCACCCAAAUAUCGCGUGCCAGGCAACAUCACAGAAGUCAUCGGCGGCGGAACUGAGGGCAAAGCUACUGUCACAGCACCUGCUGGGGGCUGGCAGACCAGUGAUCUGAGGGUCUACUUCCAGACCAGCUACCCGGCUACCCUCCGGUCGGCGACAAGAGCACUACCAAGCUCGUCCACCACUUCAAGCAGCAUUCCAGCCCCGUCGUCCUCAAGUACUAAUACUGGUGCAAUUGCGGGCGGUGUCGUGGGUGGUGUGUUAGGAUUAGCAGGCAUCUUAGCUCUCGCGUGGUUCUGUCUCCGCCGUCGACGCAAACAAAAGGCAAACGACCCGCCUCCAGCAACUGCCAUGCAGGCUCCUCCGCAGCACAACGGGGCCGAGAAGUUCGUGGCUACCUCGACGACAACUUCAUACCCCAGCACGUUCCCAUCCCCUCAUCCGAACGCGUCUGGGUACUCGCCUCAGGCAUCGCCGCCGCCUCCAUCGUGGUCGGAGCAUCACAGUCCCAGCACCUACUACCACGAGUCACCGCCAAUGCCGCAGCACACUUGGGGAUCUCAUGAUAUGCCGAUUCAGUAUGCGAACCAGCAGCCAUACUAUUCGCCGCCUUCAGACCCGUCACAGUCAGUGAAGCAUUCACAUACGGCAAGCGUGGAGCUGCCGCCAAACGAAGUCCUAGAAAUGCCGGAAGUGAGGAGUCCAAUGCCUGAAGUGAGAAGUCCGGCGCCGAAACGAGGCUUCUGAGGGGCUACUCCGCGAUGCCGUCGUUA